AUGGUAUCUGAAAAGAUUUGGAACAAUUCCAUCCAAAUUGAGCAUUUCCAUUUGAGGAGGUUGCGCCUUAACCUUCUCGGUUGGCCUGGUUCAAGAGGCUCAGGUGCCUGGUUGAGUGGAGAUUGUGCCUUAACCUCUCUAGUUGGCCUGAGCUUUUCAUUGUCUGAACUAACACUAUUUCUUUUUUCUGUAACUUCUAUUGCAGGAAAUGGAAAAUUUAAUUUGAAGCUACUUCUAGGAAUAGGUCUUGGAGUUGGAGGAUCUAUUCUGAUGGUUGUUCUGUUGAUAUUCACUAUUUGGCGACAAAAGAAACAAAAAUAUACUUCCACAAGCGUCAAAUCAAGAAAUGGUCCUUCCAAUCCAUUCUCAAGAUCAGAGCUGGAAUUGAGCGGUCUCUACUUUGAGGUCCCCUUAUUCUCCUACUCUGAACUUGCAAAAGCCACCAACAAUUUUAGUGAUGAGAAAGAACUUGGAAAUGGAGGCUUCGGAUCGGUAUACUAUGCAAAACUUCAAGAUGGAAGGGAAGUUGCAGUCAAGCGCCUACAUGAGCACAAUUGCAGAAGGGUCAAGCAGUUUAUGAACGAAGUCAAAAUCCUGACGCAUUUGCACCAUAGAAAUCUUGUGUCCCUUUAUGGCUGCACUUCUCAGCAGAGUCAGCAGGGCCUCCUUCUCGUUUAUGAAUAUGUUCCCAAUGGAACAGUUGCAGAUCAUCUCCAUGGCAAUCUGGCAACACCGGGUUCAUUAGCAUGGCCUAUUCGUAUGAACAUCGCUAUAGAAACAGCUGCUGCAUUGGCCUAUCUCCAUGCUUCUGACAUCAUACACUGCGAUGUGAAAACUAAAAACAUUCUUCUGGACAACAAUUUCUGCGUUAAAGUUGCUGAUUUCGGGCUUUCCAGAUGGUUCCCAGCCGAUGUUACUCAUGUCUCAACCAUGCCACAAGGGUCUCCAGGUUACCUUGAUCCUGAAUAUUAUCACUGUUAUCAUCUAACUGAUAGGAGUGAUGUAUAUAGUUUUGGAGUUGUCCUGAUUGAGCUCAUUUCAACACUGCCUGCUGUUGAUAAAAAAAGGAGCAGAGAUGAGAUCAAUUUGGCAGAAUUUGCGAUGAACAGGAUCCAAAAACAUGCAAUAGAGCAGCUGGUCGAUCCAUGCCUUGGAUACCAAUCAGAUGAAGAUAUCAGAAGAAUGACAACUUCAGUUGCAGAGUUGGCAUUUCUGUGUCUACAACAGAGAAAGGAAAUGAGACCUCCCAUGGAUGUGGUUUUGGAUGAACUGAAGAGAAUUGGAAGUGGAGAGUUGAAAAUGGAAGAUGUUAAAAAGAAAGAUAACAAUGAUGUGUUGAGCAUUAUGCAGCCACCAUCAGACUCUGAUAAUCUUGCCUUACUGAAGCACAAAAGGGUGCCAUCAUCUCCCGUUUCUGCCGCCGUAAAAUGGGUUGGUAGCAAUGCUGGACAUAAUGCGAGUUACUAAUAUUUCUGCUUUCUGCAGCUGCAAUUUGAGCACAUCAGCUCUUAUAUCAGUGUUGUUUAUGGAAUUUGUAUGCAUAUGUGAGUGGAAAGGCAAAUUACUUGUUCUUUUUUUAA